GACCGGCAUUCAUAUCAUCAUGCUUUCUCGGGCAGCUCCGACUCUUUAGCUGAAAGUUAAUAAAACAAGCCUCUUCGCUCUCGAAGAAUGUCACCUCUGCAUUAUGAGGUAGGUAAUGUAAUAUUGCAACCGAAAUCAUUACAACCCAACAAUCAAUGUCUUGACUAUCAUCUACAGGAUCUGGCCGAGAUGAAAAACGAAACAAACCUCGGGACAUUAGAUAAGGUCGACCGAUAAGAAUUGGUGGCUCGUAAAUGUGGCUGGAGAGCAGAAGAAGGGGAGGGGACAGCAGCUACAUAGUUUCAGCCACAUCAGAUGUUGACCUUGACAAACAUUCUCCCCUAUUUCGUACCUAGGAAGAUAACUAUCUAGGUGGAUAGAGAGAGCAAGGUCAUCUACAAGGUCAUCUACGACCCAAUUACCAUCCCGCUCCAAGCAUGAUCAGAGCUUGCUAUCAACAUUUCACAUUCCAAUGCGUCUCAGAAUAGGUGGUCUCAUACGCAGAAUCCAGCGUUAUAGUACCUCCUCAUCGUGGUUUGCACCAGGUCCCACAAAGCAUGUCAAGAUAGAUGACGAAGAGCGCGGUGUAGACUCCUAUGAUUUGCCGACUCGAUUCCACCCUCAAUCAUCUUUCCACAUGAUAAAGAUGAUUCUCCUGGUGCUCCUAGCUCUACUUUUCGUCGUCCUCUUAUUGGGAUACACCAUUUACAAACCUCCCCAAUUCGUCAUCAAUUACCUCCGAUGGAAAUAUCCUGACGUACUAUUUCAAAUCCCUCUCUCACAUGCCCACCGUGUUAUCGCUCUAACAAUCGACGAUGCACCUUCCGAAGAAACAUCCCGAAUCUUAGAUUUACUCAAGAUCUACGACUCCAAAGCCACAUUUUUCAUCAUCGGAAGCCAAGUUUCCGCGCACCCCUCUCUCAUCCAACGUAUCCACGACGAAGGUCACGAGUUAGGAAAUCACGCCUGGGCCGACGAGCCAUCCAUCUCCCUCCCCAUCUCAGAGCUGGAGCGUCAAGUCAAAGAAGUUGAAGAUCUUCUGCCCCCCAAUCGUCCAAUCUCCGGUUCCAAAAUCCCGCCCAAGUAUUUUCGUCCCGGCUCCGGAUUCUUCAAUGCGCAAAUGCUGGAGAAAGCAAAGCAAUGGGGUUAUCGCGUUGCGCUGGGGAGUAUCUAUCCUCAUGAUCCGCAAAUCCAUAAUGCGAGGAUUAACGCAAAGCAUGUUUUGAGUAUGGCGAGACCGGGGGGUAUCAUCAUCAUGCACGAUAGGCGAUCGUAUUCGGCUGCUGAGAUUGAGUUGGUUCUUGGAGGGUUAAAAAAGAGAAAGUAUAGGGUUGAAUCGCUAGGAGGCUUACUUGGAGUCGCGGGGAUUAAUCAAGCGGUAUAAUCCCGAGAUGUCAACUUUGCUUUCUUGGGUUCGUCGACUGUCAAACUCGCAGAGUAUAGCAUAGUAUAGCACACACCAUCGUAUCCCACAGCCAAUUUGCCAAAGAUGGAACUUUACAAAAACGAGCCAGCACAGUUGAAGCAACUCAAAUUAGAACUUGCAUGAGAGCCAUUUCUUGGCGAGGAGGCCUUAAAGUAGACUGGAACGCAGGCAAUAGAAAUGAAUCACCAAAUCCAUUCGAUUCCUCACCCAGCUCUAACAACAUGCAUCUCUCUCUUGCUCUCGCUGAUACGGCCACUAACAUCAAACUCAAACUGUAUUGCAGAGCACAAAAACCCCCUAAAAAGAACCCCUCGAUAGUCCGCACCACAUCCAUCUCAGCAAAAGCAAGAGGAUCCAGAGACAUGGAAUAAGUGAACGAACAAAUAACCCCCCUCCCCAUCAAAAUAAAGCUGAAGAAUCACAAUUAUCCCAUCCUCGUAGUAAUCAAAUCACAGAUUCCAUUUCAUGCCAGGGUAUUUCAUGCUAGGGUUGCGAAAUAACCAUCAUAUCAGAUCACAUCCGUCAACCAUUCAUUGUCCUAACCAUCUACCCACCAUAUAUCAAGAACAACAAACGAUAUACCACCAAACGUGUAUAAAAACAAACCACUUCGAGACAUACAAUUCCUUUCCUUCCCCCUCCUCCCGCCUUUCUUUUCCCUCUCUUCCUUA